AUGGCGGCUUCCAUCUCUGGAUCCCGCACCUGCUACCCUAGCGUUGCACUGUCCCGUGGCAGCAGCUGCCGCACCAUCAGGAGCUCCUUCGCGCCCUGCUCGCUGGCGUCCAAGCCCGCGACGCUGCGGAUCGGGAGGAAGUGGUCGGAGCUCCAGGGCGCCCGCGACUGGGACGGCCUGCUGAGCCCGCUCGAUGGCGCACUGCGCGGGGAGCUCGUCCGGUACGGCGAGUUCGUCCGCGCGGCCUACGUAAGCUUCGACUUCGACGGCCGCGCCCCGUCGUACGGCUCCUGCCGGUUCCCGAGCCGCUCCCUGCUGCGCCGCGCCGGUCUCCCCGAGACCGGGUACCGGGUCACCCGCCUCCUCCACGCGGCGUCCACCUCGGCGCCCGGCUGGCUGUCGCAGUGCAGCUCGAGCUACAUUGGCUAUGUCGCGGUGUGCGACGACGAGGACGAGAUCGAGCGGCUCGGCCGACGCGACGUCGUGAUCGCGUACCGCGGCACCGCGACGUGCAGCGAGUGGGUCGACAAUUUCCAGUCUACUCUGACGCGGCUGCCGGCCGGCGCGCCGCGUUCUAGUGACGCCGACGAGAAGGACGAGCCGAUGGUGGAGAGUGGGUUCUGGAGGCUCUUCACUGCACCAGGCGAAGCUCACAGCAGCCUGCAGGACCAGGUGCGCGGCGAGGUGCAGAGAAUCGUCCACGAGUACGGUGGCAACAAAGGCAUGCCGCCACUGAGCAUCACGGUCACCGGCCACAGCCUCGGCGCGGCACUCGCGGUGCUCUCAGCCUACGAGAUCACGAUCGCGGUCGCGCAUCAAUGCGGCGAGGACGACGCGCCGAUGGUCACCGCCGUGUCGUUCGGCGGCCCGCGCGUGGGCAACGCGGCGUUCCGGCGCAGGCUGGAGGAGAGCGGCGGCAAGGUGCUCCGCAUUGUGAACUCGAACGACAUCGUGACCAAGGUGCCGGGGUUCCCGGUCGACGACUGCAGCGGCGAGUCGGCGAAGAGGAAGCCGAAGGUGCCGAGGUGGCUGGUCUCCAAGAUGGGGUGGGCGUACAGCGACGUGGGACGCGAGCUGCGGCUCUGCAGCCAAGAUUCGGCGCCCAACGUGGUUGCGUCGCAUGACCUCGACUUGUACCUCAAGCUCGUGGCUGCCUGCACAGAUUAG